GUAUUAUAUUUACAUCGGUGGUGCGUUAGGAUGCCUUUAUUGUCGUCUGUAUUGUAAGGGUCAGAAACAGUUAUCCAUCGAUGUUAUAUGAAGAUUGAGCUCGGACAACUACGAUCCUAUAGUUAUGACGACACAUUUACUGUGUUUUACCAUAUUUAUUCACCGGAUUUGUGGAACGAGAUCGGGAUGUCGGAUGAGGACUCGCGAGCCAGCUCUAGUUCAUCCUCCUCUUCUUCAUCCUCCUCCACCCAUCAGCAGCAGGAGAAAGACACACCUGGGAAAAAGAGAGACAACAAAGCCAACAUGAGCAAGACUUCCAAACUCCUCUCCACCAGCGCCAAGAGGAUUCAGAAAGAGCUGGCUGACAUCAUGUUGGACCCCCCACCAAACUGCAGUGCCGGCCCCAAAGGAGACAACAUUUAUGAGUGGAGGUCCACUAUCCUGGGUCCUCCAGGUUCAGUGUAUGAGGGAGGAGUGUUCUUCCUGGACAUCGCUUUCACACCAGACUACCCCUUCAAACCACCCAAGGUGACGUUUCGCACGAGAAUCUACCACUGCAACAUCAACAGUCAGGGUGUGAUCUGUCUGGACAUCCUGAAGGACAACUGGAGCCCAGCGCUCACCAUCUCCAAAGUGCUGCUGUCCAUCUGCUCUCUACUCACAGACUGUAACCCUGCUGAUCCUCUGGUAGGAAGCAUCGCCACGCAGUACACAACCAACAGACCAGAGCACGACAGGAUAGCCAAACAGUGGACCAAACGCUACGCCACAUAAUUUCCUCCAACUGCAGAGCACUGCCUGUCAGACAUCUGUGGGAACGGGUGGGGGAGGAACUAUUAGAGGAAAUCGGGGGGGGGAGGUGGGGAUCCAUAGGGUAGAGAUACAGGGUGGAUUUUAUGAUGAAAUUUAAAUUCCCAUUUGAAUUUUUUUGUCUUUCUCUGCAUACUUUUUAUUUUGUUGUGUUUGUUUCCCUUGGCUCAAGUAGCAUCAUGAUUUGACAAAAAUGGAUCUUAAUGUGUGUUUUCUUUGCCGCCUUGUUGUAAAUUGAUCUUUUUUUGGAGCUUCAUCAUUCUUGUCAAAUGAAGUCACAGCAUGAGCCUAUAGCAAGAUUGUUCCAUGUAUGUAUUUUCCCCACCAAUAUUAAAGUUGAAGUUGAUGUA